AUGGGCCGGUGGAGAGAACAGCUGCUUCUGGUAGCCCUAACAGGGUUGGCUCCUUUGUCCAGUGCCCUGGAGAUCACCAGUGCCUUUACAACGGUCUUCCCAACUACUGCCGUGGUCACUUCAUCUUCCGAAAUCCCGGGCUGCACAGUCGCGUCUUCCAUGCAGAUUGCCUGUAGCAAUGGAUAUUACAACACGUAUGGCGCAGUGUGGCAGGAGACCUGCGCAGCCUCCCUCAGUGGUGGUAUCCUCAUCUUGAGCAGCACAGGCCUUUCACUACGAGCUUGUACAUCAGCCUGUGCUGUGAGGCCUGCCUGUAGUGCUGCCUCUUUCAAUAGCGCCAUCAAUAUGUGUUAUCUGUUCCAGGGCGAUGUGACUAUCACUCCUGGCGGACCAUACCAAGCAGCAAUGCGUUAUGCACCCAGUGCUAGUCCUUGCGUAUCGACCUGGUUGGUCACAGAGACGGACACGGUCACUUCAACGGGAAAGGUGGUUUACACUGUGACUUCGACCUCGACCCCGACUCCAUAUACCACGGGGACUCCGUCUUCUACACCAGUGUCACCAUUCUCGACUCCUAUAUCUCCUUCUUCUGUCCGAGUUUCUUCUUCGUCUUCCCCGGUGCCGCUCUCCUCUGUCCCCGUGUCGCCAUCUUGGACGCCUUCUUCGACUCCGCUGAUAGGGUCAUCAAUCCCAUCCUCUUCCAGUCUAUCAUCUAGCCCGGUGUCUUCACCUGUGCGGCCGUCGUCGACUCCAUUGAUUCGUACUUCGGUUACAUCUUCCGUCUCUACAGCUUCCCCUUCGGUCAUUCCUUCUGGCUCCUCUUCUUUUUUCUUUUCAACUCCUUCGUCUUCCCCGGGCCCAUCAUUGACUGGCUCGUUCUUGGACAGUUCAUCAUCUGCUUCUAGCCUGCCUUCUUCAUCCCUAUCACCCUCUAUAAGUUCUUCUGUCCCUGCAGCCUCAUCCGAUGUGUCGGCUUCUGGUCCAAACACAUCUACAACACAACCCACAGCCAGCUCAACCGCGCUUGCUACCGUAAUUGUGACACCGAGUGCUUUAACUCAGUCCUCGGAGGGAUCCAGCGGGAACACACCAAGUGCUUCAACCUAUACUGUCACGACAACCCAGGUUCAAACAAUCACUUCCUGUGCUGCCGCAGUCACCAAUUGCCCCUCGCACCAACAGACGACAUAUUUGACCACUGAGAUAAUUACCUAUGUCACGACAGUUUGUCCCGAAGGUUCUCCAACUACAGCUCCCCAAGCUACAGUCUCUGUGACAACUAUCCCUCAUACGAGCGUGAUCCAGACCGCCAGUGUUUCUUCUGCUCAGAGCACAAAGACUGCUGCCUCUCCUUCGCAUAUGACCACCUCGACCGUCUAUGUUACAGAGAUCGAUGUAGUCACUGCCUGUCCACCUUCGGUCAAUAAUUGCCCUGCCAGACAGAGGGGCACUUACACUACCACUAUGACCGUCGCUUCCUAUACGACGGCAUACCUGGCCGUAGUCACGGAAUCUGCACUGGUCUCUCAAUCUAUGACCACUUCGGUGCAGCCCGUGGUUGUGUCUACUCUCUCACCAGCUCAGCCGCAUGUUUUCGGUCAAGGUGCAUCUGGUAACCAUACUACGCCCCAUACUCUGUCGUCCAGCUCCUGGAAGUCUGGGAUCGCAUCUUCCGGCUCCACCCAGGCCGCUACACAGGCCACAGAGAUAAACACAGUAUCCGGGAAAACGAUAUCCUCUGUGACAGCCGGUGCUCCUGGCAGUCUCUUUACUGGAGACGCUCAUAAGAUGUGGCAUUCGUCUAUACUGUUCCCUAUGGCGGCUGUGCUAUCCGCUCUUCUCUUCUUCUAG